AUGGGAAUGGAAAAUUGCCACGUUCUUUUUAUUUUAACCGCAGUAAAAGCACUUGGAUGUUCUCAAAUUAAAUUUAAAAAGCGGGGAUCGAUGAUGGAAGUGGAGGUGCUGAGAGACACCGAUGAACCCUAUGGAUACCUGCUAUUUAGCUGCCUUUCCCAGAGUCGAUACUACAGAGUUCGUUCACACUCCCACGCAACCCCAACUCCCUUGAAAUUCAAGUUCUAUUGUCAUGUUUCGGUCUGGACUAUUGAACUGACACGUUUUAUCUCCACUUCUCCACCCACUUGUGCAUCGAUCGUGCUGAGAGUAAAGAGGAUAGUCCUCUUCAGUGAUGAUAAAAACUCUCGUGAAUGCAGAUUCAUCAACAUUAGAAGUAUUUCUAAAUACGGAUUAUUAAUUAAAGAAGAUGAUCCAUCAUUAAUUACGUUUAAUAGGUCACGUACAGAUAGGAAAAACGUAAAGUAUCAGUUCUCAUCAACGAUUCUGCGCCGACCUUUGAAUCGAAAUCGAUUAUUGUAAGCAGAUUAAUCUUGAAAAAAGCGGGGAUAAAAUCCAGUAGUUGCG